AUGGCCGCCACAUCCAGGGGCGCGGCUGAAGAUGACGACAGCCUAAGAGCGAUGAUAACAGAGCACUUCGUGAAUUGCCCUAUUUGUUUUAAGGAAUAUGACGAGCCGACAUCGUUGCCCUGUCUUCACUCUUACUGCAAGGGCUGUCUGAAGACGCACGUUGGUGAUUUGACCCCGGGGAGAACAUUCUCAUGUCCAGUAUGCCAGCGGGAGACGCGGGUCCCAGCCGAAGGACUUGAGGGAUUCUCUCAUAAUUUUUAUAUUGAAAGCCUACAGGACACCUUGCUGCAGCCCCCCAAGAAGAGAACGUGUGGUGCAUGUGCCUUAGCUACAGGGGCUGUUGUGGAUGCGACGUCCAAAUGCAUCAGUUGCCACGAGUAUCUGUGUAAGCAAUGUGCCCCAUAUCAUUGCAGGACCAAGUUCACAAAAGAUCACAAAAUCUUCACGCUUGAACAGUUGCGAAGUAAAGAAUACAAGGCAGAGAUCCAAGAACUGCAGAUUUACCUAUGCCCAGACCACAAAGAUGAAGCCAUUAAGUACUUCUGUGAAAAGUGUCAGCGACCAAUCUGCCGUGACUGCAAGAUUUUGCUUCAUGACGAUCACAAGUGCAUUUCUCUUGAUGCUGCUGCUGAAAAGGUGACAGUAACACUGCAAACUAAACUUGACCAUCUCGAAAAGAAGUUCACAGUGGAAGAGGAGUUGUUGUUGGCUCUCGAAAAGAACACAGCUGAUGUCGAGGCAAAUAUUAAGCAAUGGGCAGGACAUCUUUACAGUUUGGUUGACCAGCAAGAAAAAUGUCUCAUGGAAAUGGUACAUGCACAUAAAAAGUCAUUUGAAAUUAGCCUAGAACACCAUAAAACAGCUAAAGGUACCAUGGACUUGGUGAAAGGUGUCCUUGGCCAUGCUUUGCCAGGAGAGCUUCUAAUGAUGCAGCAGCAGCUAUGUGACCAGAUGGACAACCUUCAGUCCAGUUCCAGCUCCAAAAAGCUUCCAGCACUGCUCUCUUUCCAGCUACAGAGCAGGGAUGGGAUUGAGGAAGACCUAUCCAAGGGAAAGUGGUUUGGCAAAAUUGUGGAGGCCCAAAACCCAGAAUUGAGAACCACAGAGGAAAAGGAAACCAACAGCUCAUCAAUGUUAGCAUCUCAGAAUGUGGUACAAGGUUCUCAUGAAAUGAAGCAAAUGUUGGAAAAACCAAGCUGUGGUGAAGAAAAGGAAGUUAGGACCCAGAAAAUGAGACCCCCUGCAAGGUGUGUUCUGGAGUUCAACACCAAGUGCAAGUACCCUGGUGCCAUUGUGGUUACAGGAGAUAAAAAGUAUGCCAUUGCAGACUUCAACCGCGAGUCAGGACAGGUUUGCGUUUACCUUCAAAACGGAGAAUUUGAAGAAGAAAUCAUCGAAGGAGCAAAAGGCAAUGAGCUUGAGACAGUACAAGGUCUGUGUCAUCUCCCCAGUGGUAGAACUGUCAUAUCAGAUUUUGGGAAUGAUAAAUUAUUUGUUAUGUCAAAGCUUUGGAAUCCUGCGACAGCUAAGUGUAUUGAUGAACCGUGCGGUGUUGCUGUCAAUAGUCAGAAUCACAUUGCUGUGGCACAAAUGAACGAUCAGUGUGUUACCAUGUUUGUCAUCGAGCCUAAUGGAAAAAUGACUGCAGUUGCUGUUAUAAAAACACAUGAUUUCCCAAGUCCAUUUUGUCUAGCUUAUACAAGUGAAGAUUGUCUUGUUGUAGGCCAUGUUAAUGAUGGCAGGGUUGAUAUCUUGAGUCCAUCUGGUGUCAUACAUUACACAGGCCCUAGAAACAACCUGAAAAAGCCUCAGAGUAUUUGUGUGGAUAGUUGUGACAACAUAUACAUAGCAGAUAGGAGGAUGCAUUGUAUCCACAUUAUAUCUUCAGUGGGGCAGUUUAUUCAGUACUUUGAAGCUGAAAUGGAGGGUGUUAGUUUCAGGUUUCCUUGGGGUCUGGCAAUUGACCAAGAUGGAGACUUGGUUUUGGGGUUAUAUGGAGGGAAAGUGAAAGUUUUCUCUUUUCUGGAAUAG